AUGGCCGCGCAGGUCGCCCCCGCCGCCGCCAACGCCGGCGGCCUGGGAAACCCGCCGCCGCCGCCCACGCCGCCCACGCCGCCCACGCCGCCCUCGGAGCUGAAGAAACCGGAGCCGCCGCCUCCUCCUCCUCCUCCUCCUCCGCCUCCGCGGGACGAGGCGGGCGGGGAAGCGCGGGCCCAAGGCGGGGAGAUGCCGGCGGACGGCGAGGGCCCCGCGGGGCAGGACCUCCCCGACGGGGCCGACGCGGCGGGGCCGGACGGCGAACCGGGCCCGAAGGGCUCCUCCAACGGGAACGCGGGGCCCAGGCCCGCCCUGAACAAUAACCUCCCGGAGCCGGGCGGGGACGGGGCCGCCCCGACGACGACGACCACCACCGCCGCCACGACGGCGCCGCAGCCCCUGCCGCCUCCUCCUCCUCCUCCCCCUCCUCCUCCGCCGCCCUUCCCGCCGCCGUCCUACGGGUUCGGGCCCCCGUACGGCCGGGGCCCGGUGGCCGUGGCCGCCGCCGCCGCCGCCGCCGCUGCCUUCCACCAACAUGGCGGACAACAAAGCCCUGGCCUGGCGGCGCUGCAGAGCGGCGGAGGAGGCGGCGGAGGAGCGGGAGGAGCGGGAGGAGGAGGAGGCGGCGGCGGCGCUGGACUGGACGCCUUCCCCGGCGCCCAGCACAACUCGCACGGCGACCACGGCUUCCCCGCCAACCACCAGUACAACUCCUACUACCCCAACCGCGCCGCCUACCCCGCACCGGGAUACGCGCUCGGCUCCCCGCGAGCGGGCACGGCCGCCCCGGGACCGUCGGCCGCCUCCUCCAAGCCGCCCUCCGCCGCCAACAGCUCGGCCGCCCCCGCCCUGCAGCCGCCGCCGCCGCCGCCGCAGCGGUUCGGUAGUUUGGGGGCCCCGACCGGGGCCGGCCCGCAGCCCACCACCGCCACCCCCACCCUCAACCAGCUGCUCACGUCGCCCAGCUCGGCCCGGGGCUACCAGGGCUACUCCGGGGGCGACUACGGGGACGGGCCCGCCGGCAAGGGCCCGGCCGACUUGGGGGCCCAGUACGGAGCCGGCGGCGGCGGCGGCCAGGGCUGGGGGGCCGCCGGAGGGGCCCAACAAAGGAGCCACCACGCGCCCAUGAGCCCCGGGACCGGCGCAGGAGGAGGAGCAGCAACAGUAGCCGGGGGGCAACCCCUCUCCAGGACCCCACAGCCCUCCAGCCCGAUGGACCAGAUGGGCAAGAUGCGUCCCCAGCCCUACGGCGGCGGGAGCAACCCGUAUUCCCAGCAGCCGCCGCAGCCGGGGCCCCCCCAGGCCGGGGCCCAGCAGGGACACGGCUACCCCGGUCAGCCCUACGGCUCCCAGCCGCCCCAGCGCUACCCGAUGACCAUGCAGGGGCGGGCCCAGAGCGCCAUGGGCGGCCUCUCGUACGCCCAGCAGCUGCAGCCGUACACCCAGCAGGGCCCCAGCGGGUACGGCCAGCAAGGCCAGGCGCCCUACUACAACCAGCAGAGCCCGCAGCCGUAUUCGCAGCCGCCGCCGCCGCAGUCGGCCCAACCGUACCAGCCGCCGCCCCAGCAGUCCCCGUCCCCGUACCCGCCGCCGCAGGCCGCGGCACAGCAACACCCUCCGCAGGGCCAGCCCUCCUACUCGCAACCGCCGCCGCAGCAGCAGCAGCAGCAGCAGGCCCAGUCCCCCUACCAACAGCCGCAGCAGGCGGCCGCCACGGCGCUGGCACAACAGUCCGGGUACCAGGCGGCACAGGCGCAGCCACCCCAGCCAUCUGCCUACUCCCAGCAGCGCUUCCCUCCUCCGCAGGAGCUGUCUCAGGACUCCUUUGGCUCCCAGGCGUCCUCCGCCCCUUCCAUGGCUUCCAGUAAAGGAGGGCAAGACGACAUGAGCCUCAGUCUCCAGUCGAGACCCUCCAGCCUGCCGGACCUGUCCGGCUCCCUGGACGACCUGGCCAUGGGGACGGAGGGGGCCCUGAGCCCCGGCGUGAGCACCUCGGGCAUCUCCAGCAGUCAGGGGGAGCAGAGCAACCCGGCGCAGUCCCCGUUCUCCCCUCACACCUCGCCCCACCUGCCCGGGAUCCGCGGGCCCUCGCCCUCCCCCGUGGGCUCCCCCGCCAGCGUCGCCCAGCCUCGCUCAGGACCCCUCUCGCCGGCCGCGGUGCCAGGCAGCCAGAUGCCCCCCCGCCCGCCCAGCGGCCAGUCCGACGGCAUCAUGCAUUCGGCCGUGAGCCAGCCGACCAUCUCCCAGGACCGAGGUUACAUGCAGAGGAACCCCCAGAUCCCCCAGUACGGCUCGCCCCAGGCCGGCUCCGCCUUAUCCCCGCGCCAGUCUUCGGCCGGGCAGAUGCACACCGCCAUGGGGUCCUAUCAGCAGAACUCCGUGGGGGGCUACGGACCCCAGGGCGGCGGUGGCCAGUACGGGCCGCAAGGAGGCUACCCCAGACAGCCAAACUACAGUGCCAUGCCCAACGCCAACUACGCGAGCGCAGGAAUGGGGGGCGGCCUGAACCCCAUGGGGGCCGGGAGCCAGAUGCACGGGCAGGCGGCGGUGGUGCCCCCCUACAGCGGGAUGGCCCCCGGGAGGAUGGGCCACGCCGCCAUGGGCAGCCGGCCCUACGGCCCCAACAUGGCCAACAUGGCCAACCUGCCGCCUCAGGUCGGGACCGGGAUGUGCCCCCCGCCGGGGGGCCUGAACCGGAAAGCACAAGACGCCGCCGCGGCCGCCGCCGCAGCCAUGCACGCCGCUGCCAACUCCAUCCCCAACCGGCCCCCGGGCUACCCCAACAUGAACCAGGGGGGCAUGAUGGCCUCGGGGCCUCCUUACGGGCAAGGCAUCAACAGCAUGGCCGGCAUGAUCAACCCGCAGGCCGCCCCCUACCCCAUGGGCGGGAACAUGGCCAACAAUUCAGGGAUGGCGGGGAGUCCGGAGAUGAUGGGCCUCGGGGACGUCAAACUCACGCCGGCCACCAAGAUGAACAACAAGGCCGACGGGACCCCCAAAACCGAGUCCAAAUCCAAGAAGUCCAGCUCUUCCACCACCACCAACGAGAAGAUCACCAAGCUGUACGAGCUGGGCAGCGAGCCGGAGAGGAAGAUCUGGGUGGACCGCUACCUGGCCUUCACCGAAGAGAAGGCCAUGGGCAUGACCAACCUGCCCGCCGUGGGCCGCAAGCCGCUGGACCUGUACCGCCUCUACGUGUCGGUGAAGGAGAUCGGCGGCUUGACGCAGGUCAACAAGAACAAGAAAUGGCGGGAGCUGGCCACCAACCUGAACGUGGGGACCUCAAGCAGCGCCGCCAGCUCUCUGAAGAAGCAGUACAUCCAGUGUCUGUACGCCUUCGAGUGCAAGGUUGAACGCGGGGAGGACCCGCCCCCCGACAUCUUCGCCGCUGCCGACUCCAAAAAGGCCCAGCCCAAGGUCCAGCCCCCGUCACCAGCCGGUUCUGGCUCCAUGCAAGGGCCCCAGACGCCCCAGUCGACCAGCAGCUCCAUGGCCGAAGGGGGAGACCUGAAACCCCCGACGCCGGCGUCGACGCCGCACAGUCAGAUGCCGCCCUUGCCCGGCAUCAGGAGCAACUCGGUCGGGCUCCAGGACGCUUUUGCGGACGGGGCCGGCGAUCCCGCGGCGUUCCCCAAGCGGAACUCCAUGACGCCAAACCCCGGGUACCAGGCGGGCAUGAACGCCUCCGAACUGAUGGGCCGCGUGACCUACGAGCCCAGCAAGGACCCGUACGGCGGAAUGAGGAAAGCUCCGGGGAGCGAUCCCUUCAUGUCGGCAGGGCAGGGCCCCAACAGCGGGAUGGGGGACCCUUACAGCCGGCCGGCCGGCCCCGGCAUGGGCAACAUGGCCAUGGCUCAGCGCCAGCACUACCCCUACGGCGGGCCUUACGACAGAGUGAGGACAGAGCCCGGCAUGGGCCCCGAGGGGAGCAUGGGGCCCGGAGCCCCGCAGCCGAGCCUGAUGCCUUCGGCCCCGGACUCGGGGAUGUACUCUCCCAGCCGCUACCCCCCCCAGCAGCAGCAGCAGCCUCCGCAGCAGCCGCCGCAGCAACGACACGAUUCCUAUGGCAAUCAGUUCUCCACCCAGGGCACCCCUUCUGGCAGCCCCUUCCCCAGCCAGCAAGCCACCAUUUACCAGGCACAGCAGCAGAACUACAAACGGCCCAUGGACGGAGCCUACGGCCCCCCGGCCAAGCGGCACGAAGGGGAGAUGUACAACGUGCCGUACGGCGGCGGCGGCGGCGGCGGGGGCGGCGGGCAGGGGCAGCCGCCCCCCCAGGCCCCGCAGCUGCCCCCGGCCCCCAGCCAGCAAGCCAGCCAGCCGCCGGCCGCCCAGCCGUCCCCGCAGCAGGACCUGUACAACCAGUACGGGGCGGCCUACCCCCCGCCGGAGCGCCGGCCGGCGGGCGGGCCUCAGAACCAGUUCCCGUUCCAGUUCGGCCGGGACCGGGUCUCGGCGCCCGCCGGGGCCGGCGCCCAGCAGAGCCUGGCGCCGCAGAUGCUGGGGGCGCCGAUGGCCUCGGCCCCCGACGGCCCGCAACAGGGCGCCAUGUGGCAGGGGCGGGGCGAGCUGGGCUACAACUACUCGAACCGGCCGGCCGCGGGGGCCGCCCCGCCGGGGGCCGCCGCCGCCGCCGCCGCCUACCACGGCGUGAGCCGGACGGACGAGCUGGGUCACGCGGACCAGCGGGUGAACCACGAGGGCCCCUGGGCGCCCCACGGGAGCCGGCAGCCCCCCUACGGCCCCUCGGCCCCCGUGCCCCCCAUGGCGCGGCCCCCCCAGUCCAGCUACCCGCCGCAGACCCACAUUCCUCAGGGAUCCAGCCCCGCCCCCCUGCCGCGGGCCCUGGAGAGCCGCACCUCCCCCAGCAAGUCCCCGUUUCUGCACUCGGGCAUGAAGAUGCAGAAGGCGGGGCCCCCCGUGCCCGCCUCCCACAUAGCCCCGACCCCCAGCCAGCCCCCCAUGGUCCGCCGGGACAUCACCUUCCCGCCCGGCUCGGUGGAGGCCACGCAGCCGGUGCUUAAGCCCAGGCGGCGGCUCACGACGAAGGAUAUCGGAACCCCAGAGGCCUGGAGGGUGAUGAUGUCUCUAAAGUCGGGGCUGCUGGCCGAGAGCACGUGGGCCUUGGACACCAUCAACAUCCUGCUGUACGACGACAACAGCAUCAUGACCUUCAACCUCAGCCAGCUGCCGGGGCUGCUGGAGCUCCUGGUGGAAUACUUCCGGCGCUGUCUCAUCGAGAUCUUCGGCAUCCUGAGGGAGUACGAGGUGGGAGAUCCGGGCCAGAGAAGGCUACUGGAGCCCGAGCGGCUCAGCAAGGCCCCCAGUCCCGCCUCCCCCUCCGCGGAGGGGACGGCGGAGGCCCGGGAGGAGGAGGACGAGGCGGAGGAAGAAGAGGACGAGGAGGAGCCGGAGGAGGGCCGGGACCGGGAGCGGGAGGCGGAGGGGCCCAGCCCCAGGCCGGCGGAGGAGGGGGAGGCGGGCGAGGGCCCGCCGGAGGGCCGCGAGGACAAGUUGGCCAGCAAGUUCGACAAGCUGCCGGUCAAGGUGGUGCCCAAGAGCGACCCGUUCGUGGUGGACUGCUCGGACCGGCUGGGCCGGGUGCAGGAGUUCGACAGCGGGCUGCUGCACUGGCGCAUCGGGGGCGGCGACACCACGGAGCACAUCCAGACCCACUUCGAGAGCAAGACGGAGCCGGGCCCCCCGCGGGCGCCCUGCCCGGCCGCCGCCGCCGCCGCUGCCGCCUCCCGGAAGCGCCCGCCGACGGCCCCGGGCGGGGGCGGGGGCGGGGGCGAGGGGGGCGCCCCGGCGGCCGAGAAGCGGGUGACGGCCACCAUGGACGACGUGCUGUCGGCCCGGGCCGGGGCCCUGGCCGAGGAGGGGGGGCGGCGGGGGGCCGGCCGCGGCCGCCCCCCGCCCCCCGCGCUCCCCUUGGGCGGGGGGCCGGCGCCGGGCCGCCGGCACCUGAAGAUCCUGGAGGACGAGCCGCGCAGCAAGGACGAGACGCCGCUGUGCGCCCUCCUGGACUGGCAGGACGCCCUGGCCAAGCGGUGCGUGGGGGUGUCCAACACGAUCCGCAGCCUGUCGUUCGUGCCGGGCAACGACCUGGAGAUGUCGAAGCACCCGGGCCUGCUGCUGGUCCUCAGCCGCCUGAUCCUCCUGCACCACUCGCACCCGGAGCGCAAGCAGGCGCCCCUGACCUACGAGAAGGAGGAGGAGCAGGACCAGGGCGUCAGCUGCAACAAAGUGGAGUGGUGGUGGGACUGCCUGGAGGCCCUGCGCGAGAACACGCUGGUGACCCUGGCCAACAUCUCGGGCCAGCUGGACCUGUCCCCCUACCCCGAGAGCAUCUGCCUGCCGGUCCUGGACGGGCUCCUGCACUGGGCCGUCUGCCCGUCGGCCGAGGCCCAGGACCCCUUCCCCACGCUGGGCCCCCACGCGCUGCUCUCGCCGCAGAGACUGGUCCUGGAGGCCCUGAGCAAGCUCAGCAUCCAGGACAACAACGUGGACCUCAUCCUGGCCACGCCGCCCUUCAGCCGGCUGGAGAAGCUCUACGGGGCCAUGGUGCGCUUCCUGGGCGACCGCAAGAACCCCGUGUGCCGCGAGAUGGCCGUGGUCCUCCUGGCCAACCUGGCCCAGGGCGACAGCCUGGCGGCCCGCGCCAUCGCCGUCCAGAAGGGCAGCAUCGGCAACCUGCUGGGCUUCCUGGAGGACAGCCUGGCGGCCACGCAGUUCCAGCAGAGCCAGGCCGGGCUGGGGCACGGGGCCGGCCCGCCCUUCGAGCCCACCAGCGUGGACAUGAUGCGCCGGGCGGCCCGGGCGCUGCUGGCGCUGGCCAAGGUGGACGAGAACCACCCGGAGUUCACGCUGUACGAGGCGCGGCUGCUCGACAUCUCCGUCUCGCCCCUGAUGAACUCGCUGGUCUCGCAGGUCGUCUGCGACGUACUGUUCCUCAUCGGCCGGUCAUGACGGCCGGGGACGCCCACGGCCCGGCCGGGGGCCCCCCGCGCCUCCCCACGCCCCGGCCUGCCGCGUGCCUGCCUCCCUGCGCGCCCGCCCCGGGCCGGGCGCGACUCGGGGGAGACUUACUGACUGUUGCCCUUUUAUUUAUGCAAAACCACCUCAGAAUCCAGCCGCUCCCUCCCGCC